UAGCGUGUCUAACCUACCGUGGCCAAUUACAAAGCGAACAUGGCGCUGCAGAUGGCCUAAACAGGAUCCUGCAAUGACAAGACUUUCGCGCCAGCCUGAUGAGAAAUCAACGAAACUGACGCCAUAAGCGCGUAUUUCUAAGCCAGACACUUAUCCGUACAGGGAAACGAUGCGGCGAGAUGGUCUUGCGAUACAGCGGACUUACUGAACGGGAUAACACGCGCGCUGCGUAGACGGCAGAUUGCGUGACAUGGUGGACAUAUAUAUAUACAACUAUAUAUAUAUUGGCCUCAGUUGCUGCCCAUGUUGAAUUCACCUUGCAUUAUCCCCAAUCCAGUCUACAAAGAACCCCCAAACAAGUGCAGCACUCGUCUCUCUCUCUAAGCUCAGGCUCCUCACUUUUGACAAAACAGAAUGGAAAAGGAACCGGACAACUCAGUUCCACCUAGCAAUGUCGACCUUGCUAGCGGAUUCAACAACACCGAUAGCGAAAGCAACAGUCCAGCCAAUGUUGGUCAGAAAGUCCAUCCAAGAGCCGACUUGGCAUCUUGGAAAUGGAUCCUCACAUGUGUCGUACUCUACCUAGGUGCCCUGCUUUACGGCCUCGACACCACCAUCGCCGCCGAUGUGCAAGCUCAAGUAUACGAAUCACUGGGCCACAUUGAGGACCUCCCUUGGUUUGGACUAGGUUUCCCCAUGGCGUCCGCUGCCACAAUUCUCCCCAUCGGCCGAGCAUACGGCCUCUUUAAUGUCAAGACGCUCAUCAUUGCAAGCCUCUGCGUGUUUGAGAUUGGCAGCGCCAUUUGCGGAGCGGCCCCUACGGCGGAUGCUCUGAUUGUCGGAAGAGUCAUUGCAGGCAUUGGCGGCGCCGGCAUGUACUUGGGAGCUCUUACCUACAUGACAUCCUUUACCACACCAACAGAAGCUCCCCUCUACAAUGCCUUGACUGGCCUGAGCUGGGGCGUGGGCUGCAUUCUCGGACCUGUUAUUGGCGGUGCUUUUUCUGUCAGCAGUGCCACUUGGCGUUGGGCCUUCUACAUCAAUCUUCCCCUUGCCGGCUUUCUCCUACCGGUUUACAUCUUCUUUGUUCCAAGCAGAAACCCCCGACCCCAUCUCGGCCUUGGACAAAAGCUCAAGGAGAUUGAUUGGAUUGGGGCAAGCCUGUACGCUGCCACGAUUGUCCUGUUCAUGCUUGUUCUCACGUUUGGCGGGUCGACCUUUGCCUGGAAUUCCCCUGGAUCCAUUGUUCUUUGGGUAGUUUUCGGCAUCUGCUUGAUUUCGUUCAUCCUCCAGCAGGGGCUGAAGCUGUUUACGUCAGAGGAGCAUCGAAUCUUUCCAGUCCACUUUCUUAGAUCACGGACCAUGGUCCUCCUCUACAUUGCGACAGGCGCAGCUGGAGCUUCUCAGGGUGUAGUGCUGUACUACACGCCCCUUUUCUUCCAGUUCACCAAAGGAGAUACCGCGUUGCAGGCCGCUGUGCGGCUCCUGCCCUUUAUCUGCGUCUUCAUCUUCUUCGUCAUGCUCGCAGGCGGCUCGCUCCCUCGUGUUGGCCGCUACAACUUGUACUAUUUUAUCGGUGGCUGUCUGAUCGUCACUGGCGGUGCGCUGCUUUGUACCAUUGACGAAACAACAUCCGCUGCUCAUAUUUAUGGCUAUGAAGCUCUUACCGCCAGUGGAAUCGGCCUCCUCUUCCAAAUCGCCUACGCUGUCGCUGUCGCCAAGGUCGAUUCUAACGAUGCACCCAAGGCCAUUGCCUUCAUCAACGUUGCCCAGAUCGGUACCGUUGCCAUUGGCUUAGCCAUUGCAGGUUCUCUGUUCCAAAAUGUCGGAGUGCACGAGCUGGAUAAAGCAUUUGCCGGCCGCGGGUUCCCAGAGGCCUUCAUUCGGUCGGCUCUCGCGGGGAGUAUAUCGCCCGUGUUUUCUUCUCACGACGAUGCAAUUGUUCAAAUUGCUGUAACUGCUGUUGCUAUAACCAUUCGCAAAAUCUUCAGCACAGUCGCAGCGGCGGGAGCGCUGUUGCUCGUUUGCUCCGUGCUCAUGCGGUUUGAGAAGCUGGAGUUGGGCCUUGUCGCGGGCGGUUGAGCUUUCUACGACAUAAUAUCCAUCGUACAACUAUAGAUAACAUGAUACUUUAGAGGAUAAAUACAUCUAUAUAAAUCCCACUGUACACAACGACAACUAUAGCGUACAAACAUCCACU